AUGUCAUACGCCUGUGGUCAUACGCCCGCUUUCCUGGAUGUAUGGCCGGUGAAGAGCAUCUACCAUCCCGGAGUCGAGUACGAGAAACGGGAGAAUGUCAGGCACCGUCUCGAUCACUUGCGCCCUGAUCAGCAUGUUCUCAUCGCAACCAAAAAUUCCCGUGGAACCUGGAAGUGGAAAGAAGCAAACACCGGACCGCUCGGCCCCAAGGGUCGCCUGCCGAUCUUAUAUGCUUGCCGCCAGUCUGACGGCCUUCUGACGUGGAAGGAGCGACGAAGGCGCAAAUGGGGGAUUCCUCAUUGUCCCCAUGAUGCCGUGAGAAUGGCGAUGACCAACCAACGUGUGUGCGGACACACCGCAGCUAUCCUCGCGAAUUGGCCCGCCCAGAGCCAGUUCGUCCCGGGCAUCACCUACAUCCAGCGACCCCACGGAGCUCGCCGACUGGAAGGAUUAUACGAAGGGCUCCACAUCCUCUUGGCCGUCAAGAACACGCGCGGCGUGGCGCGCUGGAAAGAAGCCAAAAUCGGGAGAGUCGCCGGAAGACGGGUUCCGGUGCUGUACGGGCAGAGGACCGCGGAUGGGAGCGUCACCUGGAAGGAGCAAAAGGGCAGAAAGCGCGGAAUUCCAAGAUGCGUCCAUGACGCCAACCGAGUUGCGGGCAGUGUCGGUGCGCCAAAUCGUCUACUUGCAUCU